ACAUGCGUAUGGAACAAGUCAUUUUAUUUCUGUUAUCCUGUUUCAUCUCCUUUUCAUAGUCCAAACUGUUGUAAACACAUCUGUGCUAGGUUUUAUAUAGUGAAAAGUUCAACGGAAGAUGUGUCGUUCCACAAUUUGUUAAAUAUACAAUUAACUGUUUGGCAGGUAGUUCUUUUAAGCAACAAUACAUCCUGCUGUCUUCUGUGUUUAAUUGGACUUGUACCGUCAGUUAAAUUAGAGCGAAGUAAACAGAGGUUCAAUACUGCCAAAGAAAACAAAUUACAAAUGUAAAUUGCUUGAUAUACAUAUUAAGUUUUAUUUCCUGAAGAGUUGUUCAUUCUGAAUUUUUCCAGUCCUUGAUAAUGGAUGAAAAUCUCAGCAGAGGUUACAUCCAACUGGGCAAAGCCCGUGCUGCAAAUGGUUUUCGGUUCACAAACGGUUUUAGUCAUCUUUCACCUCCAGUUGAUAAAUGCAAUUGCAUCUAUUUUGCAUUAGUUUUAGCAGGUGUUGGGUUUCUUCUUCCAUAUAACAGUUUCAUCAUUGCUGUAGACUACUUCCAAGGAAAGUAUCCUGGAACUACUAUUGUAUUUGACAUGUCACUUGUUUACAUAGUGAUGGCAUUCUUUGCUGUACUUGCCAACAAUGUUCUAGUGGAGACAUUGUCCUUGAAUACUCGCAUCACUUUUGGUUAUCUCGUUUCUUUCUUCACACUGCUUUUUGUGGCAAUAUGUGAAAUAGGACUGGAUAUCUUUGAAACCAGUACAUCUUACACUGUCAACCUCAUUGCAGUGGCUAUUGUGGCUUAUGGCUGCACUGUGCAGCAGUCCAGUUUCUAUGGUUACACCAGCAUGUUACCAAGCCGCUAUACUCAAGCUGUCAUGGCUGGUGAAAGUGCUGCAGGUUUCUUAGUGUCUGGUAACCGUAUCCUAACAAAGCUUUUGCUCGAUGACCCCAAAAUCAAUACAAUCAUCUUCUUUGUAACAUCUAUUGGAAUAGUGGCAUUAUGCUUCUGUCUGCAUCAAGUUGUACAGAGGACUGAUUUUGUUCAAUUUUACAUCACACUGUGUCGUGAAUCACGCAAGAUUGUGCUGGAACCAAUGGAAGAUGUUGGCUUGAUGGAUCAAUUGGACCAAGCUGAUGGUAUGAUGAAGACUCAGUAUGGAGUGCUCAAAUUGCAGCAGAGUCCUCUGGCAACAGAUUCUGGGACUAGUAGCUCUGAUAAUGCAGCAGUGGCAGCAGCUGCUGCUGUUACUGGACAUUACUCACCAUUCAGUUUCUCCAAUCCAGUAUAUGAACCCACAGCUGCUAACGCACCAGGAUCUGGAGCUGCUGAAGGUCCAACCUAUAAAGUAGAGGAUGUUGUUAUCCGCAUGAGGAGUGUGUAUGGUUCAAGCCAGGGAAAGGCUUGGGGGGGUUUGAAAAGAGGCUUCAUGGCACGAUGGAAAGUGGCAAAAACCAUCUGGCCAUACAUGCUCUCUAUUGGACUGGCUUACUUUGUUACCCUCUGUCUGUAUCCAGGCAUUGAGAGUGAGAUUAUUAGCUGCAAAUUUGGCAGCUGGAUGCCUGUAAUUCUAAUGGCUGUCUUCAAUGCUGCUGAUCUUGUGGGGAAGGUCUUAGCAUCAGUACCAUAUGACUGGUCACGGACACAGCUCAUAGUGUUUGCAUGGCUGCGUACAUUACUGAUACCUAUGCUGCUGCUGUGUGCUACUCCUCGAGGUAGUCCUCUGAUUCCAGGGGAAGGAUAUCCCAUGUUAUUCACUUUGCUUCUGGGAGUGACCAAUGGACUGGUAGGCAGUGUGCCCAUGAUUCAAGCCCCUAGCAGAGUCGCUGAAGAGCACAGAGAACUGACAGGUAACAUCAUGACACUAUCCUAUAACAUUGGUCUUACUGCGGGAUCCCUCGUAGCAUACUUAUUGGAUGCAAUUUUGGGUGCACCGCACCCUGACACUUGCAGACCAGGAAGAUCAUCAAUAAUGAGUCCCAUGCCAAGUACAAAAUUUCCACUAAUUUCAAAUACUGUUGAUAUGUUUACACCUGCAUUGACAAAUUUGUCAUACAUCAUACCCACUGAGGCAGGGUCUAGUAUUACCCCAAACCAACUUUUUGGUCCCUUCAACACUACAGUUGCUGCCAAAACUACAGCAUUGACAACUAGCAUGACUGCUGCUACUGCCACCGUCCUAGCUACUGUCUUGGGAGUAGCUGCACAUACCCUUGCACCUGAAAAAAUCACGCCAACGGCAGCUGCAAUCUCUAAUAUUACAUAUAGUUCUGCAUUUGUUCCAUUUAACACAACUUUCUCAAAUUAGAGACACUGCUGUGUUUGUGUAUGUGUAUGUGUGUGUGUGUGUAUGUGUAUGUAUGUGUGUGUGUGUGUGUGUGUACGUACACGUAAGUGUGAGAGUGUAAAUAGAACUGUGUAAUAGAUUCUCAAACUGGAUGCAUAACAAGGUUGUGACAAAGUUCUGGAGGACAGAGACAUUCUAAUGAUACAUGUUGUAAAAACAAAAGAUUACACUGGUAAAUUACAUGGACCAUACUAUUGCCACUGAGAUAAGAGAACAGUUAUACUUUUUUCUGUAAAACAAAAAAAUUAUAUUGGUAAAUAAACUUACAUCACAUUAUUGCUGUAGAGAUAAGAGGGUAGAUUAACUUGACAUUAGCAAUGCAGUUUGCUUGAUUUUCUACAUUCUGUUAUUUUCUGUGUUUAUACCGAUGCUGCAUUCUGAUUUGAGAUGGGACUUGGUACUGGGGUAAGACACUAGUCUGUAAUCUAGAAGUUUCAGAUUCUUGAUCAUAUCUGUGUGUAGAUAUUUCUGCUCAGCUGUAAAAGAUAAAACUUUGGUAAUGUGAUGAGUACUGGACUCCAGUUCAUGGUUUGGAGUCUACGUUAAGCUUUAGAUUGCCUCUGCCAAUCAUCAUUCUCAUGAUCACUUUAUUAAAGGAAUAGUGAUAAUUUUCACUAUUGAUGCUGCUGCAUUACAAAUAGAUUAUGUGCAAUUUCCUAGGCUGGCAGAGGUCAGAAAGGUCAUCAUACACCAUAUGUGAGGUAUUAGAUACUUAGAAAACAAACAGGCAAACAAAUUUUAUGAUUUUAAUGAAUGUAUUACUUAAUCUAUUAUAUAUUUUUUUUCUAUAUCUGCUCUUAUCUAGUCCUGUUGCUAAGAGACCAUAAAUGGUUUUAAUGAAGCAACUACUAUGUGGCACCACAAUGAUGAAUAAUAAAGAAGGUAUAUGAUGUAAAACUCAUUUUUAGAACUGAAUAAUUUGGUGUAUACAAGAUAAAAAUAUCUGAUGUCACAUACUUUAGUUUUUAGAGUCUAAAUUAAUGGUGAGUAAGAUUAAGUCAAUGUUUGUUCCUUACAGUGACUUACAAUGUCUAUCACUUAACAGGUUAGGAGUCCUGUUAUUGUUUAUACAACAAAGAGGUGUUAUACAAGAUUGUUUUAAGAGCAACAUUUUUGACACAGGAAAUAUACAUUUAUAAGAUUGACAUAAUAAUAUUAAAUACAAUUAAUUUGAUGUGCUUUGUUUUAACAAAAACCCAGUGGAGAACAGGAACGUCAGCCUCUAUGUCUGAAAUAAUUAAGUUAGCUUUGCUCUUUCAUUCUUCCUUUUCCAAUUAUGUAAAUUUUGGUUUGCAGCUGAAACUUAAAAACAAAAUUUAUGAUAUUUGAAUGUAAUUUUGAGUUAUAUAUAUGAAUUUGUCCAUAUUUUUAUUGUAUAGUAAUAUGUUUUCGAUCCCAUAGAGAACUUGGUAAGGUAAUUACCAUAAAUAAAUAGUGAAAGAAAAUAUUUCUCUAAAAGAGGACAGUAUAAAACAUGUUUAUGAAAAGACCGACAGUUUCGUCCCAGAUCACAGAUGCUGAAUAAUACUUUUUAAGUUUCUAUAUAGAAAUAUGUUUUGCAGAAUUUUUAUCUUUAUAUUCGCAUUUCUACAUGUGUAAUGUAAUAAAAUAUAGUGAAUAAUUUAUUUCUGUAGUAAAGAUUGAAAUAGAAAGGUACCGUCACAGUUAAUACAAGAAUGACAGAAAACUUUAAAAUGGUUUGUAUGAACUGAAUUAAAACACAAGUAACAGCUUGGAAUAAGAAAGUUUAGUUACAAAUAAACUAGUAGAUUUAUUGUAAAAUGAAUUGUAUUGCAUUGCAUUUCAGUGCAGACAUAUAUAGUAUAUUUUGAAGGAAAACUAUGUCUCUUUGAUUGCUGCCUAAGAUGGUGCCAUUUGUAAUGUUUGAUUUAUGUCUAUAUAUAUAUGGUUCCUACGUUAUUUUUUCAUUCAUGUUUAUGUGUCUUAACCUUUACUAUGUAUUGCAGAUUACACAUGAUUCAGCUUACUGGAUUUUUUAUUUAUAUUGUUGCUUAAUGAUACAUAAUAUAUGUUUCAUAACCGUCAGGUCCUUUGAUGAGAUUUAAUAAAAUUCCUUUAAUAAAAGUGUCAUGAUAUGGUAUAGAAUUUGGUCUGUGUCAGUUGUUGGAUGGAUUCACUGAAAAUUCUGAAUAAAAAUACAUCUCUGUAUCAAAGAGAACAUUCAUCCACUUCAAAAUUAAUACUGAAAAUGAUAUUAAUACACAGAUAUAUUUACUAUAAUAGCCAUAGUUACUAUAAUAUAUGUCUUUUUUUAAGGAAUUUAGUGAUUAAUUAAACCAAAAGCAAAUUGUGCCAAAUGUUUGUAGAUGUAUUUUCUUCAAAUAAUUCACAUUACACAUUCAUUGACCUUCACUCAUGACUCUUUACAGUUCUGUCCAUGUUGCUAGGGUUUUCAGAUGGCUUCUUAAUAUACUGAAUGGAUAGUCACUUUUGAUCCUAAAGAAAUGCAACAUUUUGAAUAAUAACUGGAAUUAUGCAACAGCAUUAAUUUUACAACAUUUUAUAAUUCAAAAUUAAUUAAAUAAGUGAGAUCAAUAGGUGAGGGUGCUAGUUACAACAUUUCAGAAAAUGCUUUUCACUUUAUUAUGACUGAAGUGAAAUUUCUAAGGAAAGUGACCUGACAGGCCUGUGGUGGUACAUUGCCACCAACAAUUAAGAAUUCUUUAUUGUUCAUAAAUGUUGAAAGUCUUUAUGCUUUAUCUGUUAUAUGUAAUUAAUAAAUACAAGAGAAGUAUACAAGGUGUAAUUAUAAUAAUAUACAGUGGAUUCUGACUAGACAUAAACAGGACUAAGUGUUAGAAAACUUAUUAAACUGGAAUAACGUUUUUGAUGUGGAUAAGCCAUUUUGAUUGUAAAUAGAGUUUGAAACUGUUCUGAGGCAUGUUAUAACCAGACAGCCAUCACUGUUAUAGUAUUUAUUGGGUUAUUUCAAUCUCUAUAAUGAACACUUAAUAAGAAUAUUCUGAAAGUGACAAAUGACAUUUUCGACAUUUCUGAUCAUGUUUCCUCGGUGGGUUUGACACAGAAAUCAAAGCAUAAAUGUUCAGUGAUGGAAUGCUGUGACUAAUAUUAUUUAAUAAUCUUGUAGAGGGUUAAUUUUGAAUUCCUUAAAUGUUCAGUUAAUUUUAAAAAAAUAUGUUUUUACAUAGAUCACUGUAUUUUUCAAACCAUAUAAUUUUAUGAAAUUUAAUGAUGCUUAUAAUUUUCUGAGCAAUGAUAUUAAAGGAAGCCAGUGUUUGAAAUACGUAAAUUAUUCUUUAUGUUGCACUAUACAGUUAAAUCUCUUUAAUCACUGUACAGAUUUGUAUGUCUGCAACAUUUAAAAACUGGAAGACAUAUAAAUGUAGUUAUAAAUAUUCAUUAAUUAACUUAUCCUUUAUGUUAUAAAUGUAUAACAGCAUUUUGUCACCGAGGUAUGAAAUUUGUUUCACUUCCUGUGCAAUUUAAACAAAAGGAACACAGAAUAAUUGUUUUACUUCACCAAUAUUUGCAUGGUUACAUAUAAAAAGGUUAUAGUAAUAUUUCCAGAAAAUUUUGUUUAGCAUGGUCAUGUACCAUAAUUAAAAAAGUUCUAAAUUUAAGUUAUAAGUAAUUUAUCUCGCUUUAACAGUGCCAGUGUAAAAUCAACUGAAAUUUUCUUUAUAUUGAAAGUCAGUUAUUAUGAAAUUAAACUAUGAGUUUUAUUAUAUUUGUUUAUUGAAGGUUAACUAGAAAGUCAGCCUGUUGUUGCUGAAUUUUCUGAUGUCAAAGAAAAUGCAUUACUGUUUCAAACAGGGGUGGAGCAUUCAUGUUAACUAUGUUAGCCUGGCAAACACUGUUAACAUGAACACAUCAUCCCCAGUUUCAAAUCUUAUCAGCUUGAAAGAACCAUGUUUAUUUUUGUUCAUUUUACCGUGUGUUUAUUGGAGUCUCUCUUGAACAUCAUGGAAUGCAAUUUCCUAAUUUAACGAUCCUGUUGUUUCAAAAGUCACCUAACUGCAAUCUGAAUGUCAGAGUGGGGCAUCAGGUUACAAGUUGAACAUAACAUUUUAAUGUGCACAACUGUGUGAAUGUAUUAUUAUUCCUCAAAGCAUAAUUUUAAGGUGGGAAGCGUAGAUUUUAAUUUAUUAUGAACCUUACAUACAGAAUAUUUAAGAGUCCUGACUGCCCUACAAUCAGAAAGUUUUUGUCCUCAGUUCUUUAGAAAUUACUAUGUAUGGAAGCAUUACUGGGGCUUUUCAAUUAAUCUUAUUUCUAAUCUGUAAAAAACUGGCGUCCCCUUAAAUUUUAGAUCCCUUCAGACUCAAACUUUAGCAGUUCAUUUCAUUAUUUUAAGAUUACUCUGCCACAAAUACUGAUCACAAGAGUUGGGUCUAUUAAAAUGCGCUUGUAUUUAAUGAAUUAACAAGUGGGGAAAACUUUUCACACUAUUCUCACUAAAUACCCUUCAAACUUUUAGUACAGCCAGUCAGUGGGAAAUGAAGAGGUGGUGGUAUAACCUUAAUUCACAUGAGCUGUGAAAUAAAAGCUGUUAUUCUCAAUUGCAUAAGUUGGGAAUAUCUUCCUAAUUGGUUCUUUCAAUAUGCUUUGUCCUUGGACCAUUGUAAUAUGAACAAAAUUCCCAAGUACCAAUAAAUUGACUAGUUCAUUGCUUUUAUGAAUCCCUAACUUUAACAUUAAUUGGUAUUAAUUUGUAUUGUUUCAGUAGGUAUAAAAUAUGUUUCACAUCAUUUUUCUAACAACAUGUCAUUUCUAAUGUGUUCCAUUUUCAUGGUUAAAAGCUACCACCAUGUAUUAUGACUAUAUGGCAAUCUGAAAUCAUCGUUGUACAAGAAUUUAUUCUACAUUCAGCCUCAAAGUCCAACUUUAACUAAACAUAAAUUCUGUAGACAUGUUAAUAUAUAUAUUUUUAACCUGGAGGAAUAUUUCCUUGGUAGAACUUUCCAGUGUUCAGUGUACUCAUAUUUUAUUAAAUUAUGUCAUGUAGAUGUAUGAAACAGAAUGAUAGUAAUUAACAAAUUUCAUAUCUUAGUGAUAUAAUUAUAUCUAUGUUGAUGUUGGUGUUCUGUGUUGUAAUGCUGCAUGGAGUUAUAGGUAGACACCUACAUUUUUGGAGAUCAAUAUGCCUUUAGCUUUAGGGCAUUCUAUUCUUUCAAAACAGUGAUACCUUCCUAUAAUUUUUCGUGGUGUUACAACCUAGAAGACAAACAUUGACAUCUUCAACAUAGUAAGAACUUAAAAUCUCAUAAAUAUAUUAGUUUCAUAAUAGACAGUUAUGUAAGGGAAGAAAUAUAAUGCUUGUAUAUACCUGUAAAUGUCAGUAUAUAGUGUAACAAGGUAAUUAAUUGUUAGACAUGCUUUGUGUACAGUUGUAUUUGACUCCUUUAGUUGUUGACGUUAGAAGUGUUUUGAAAAUAUAUGUAGAAGUUAAAUCAUAAUGGAUGUGGAAGAAAACUGUAUUACAUUAAAUGUGAAAAUAAAACUGCUUAAAAUAUGAA